AUGUCUGAAUCAACCAUCAGACAGAGGAAGGAAACAGAACAACAACAAAACCCAACUUCAAAAAUUCAAUCAACAAAACCAUCAAACUCAUCAGCUAAGAAAUUAGCAUAUUAUCAUGAAUUAGAUGAAUGGCAACAAGACAAUCAUUAUAUAAGAUCUGGUUAUGUAAGAGGUACAUCAUCAUAUUUAGAUAGUUUUAAAUCUUUAGGAUACCUACAUAAUGAAACAGUCAACAUAUAUUCACAUCUUAUACCAUCGAGUAUAUCAUUUUGGAUAAUCUUAUAUUAUAUAAAUUUUCAAUUAACUCAAUAUGAUAAUUAUUUAGGUAUAUGGGAAAAAUUGAAUUUUUUACAAUUUGGAUUAGCAUGUACUUUUUGUAUGUUUAUGUCUUCAGUUUUCCAUUGUUUAAAAUCUCAUUCUCAUAAAGUUAGUAAAUUUGGUAAUCAAUUAGAUUAUUUUGGAAUUGUUAUAUUAAUUACAUGUUCAUUAAUUUCAAUUAUAUUAUUUUCUUAUUAUGAUUUACCAAUUCAAAAAUGGUUCUUUGUUGGAUUAACUUUAUUUUUUGGAAUUGUUUGUACAGUUUUCACUUUACAUCCUGAAUUUUCUAAAAAUACUUAUAGACCAUAUAGAUCAACAAUGUUUAUAUUAUUUGGACUUUCAGGAGUUUUACCAAUUGCUAAUGCUGUUUUUGAGUUUGGAUUUGAUACUACAAAGGAAAGAUCAGGUAUAUAUUGGUUGAUAGGAGAAGGAUUUUUUUAUAUAUUGGGUGCAGUAUUAUACGCAAUGAGAUUUCCAGAAAGUAUGACACAUAUAGAAGAGGAUGAACAACUGCUUUUAGAUAAUCCAUUAUCUGGUAAAUUUGAUAUUUUUGGUCAUUCUCAUCAAAUAUUUCAUGUAUUUGUUGUUAUAGCAGCUUUUUGUCAUUGGAAAGCUUUAGUUCAAUGUUAUCAUUAUUUACAUCAAAAUAUUUUAUCAUAA